AUGGCGACCACCGACAUCCGCCUCUCCAUCGGGCACCAGACCCGCUUCGCCCUCCGCCUAGCCUCCGCCAUCUCCUCGCCCUCCCACGCCAAGGGCUCCGCCGGCAACGCCGCCUUCUCCCCGCUCUCGCUCCACGUCGCGCUUAGCCUCGUCGCGGCCGGCGCCGGCGGCGCCACCCGCGACCAGCUCGCCGCCGGCGGCGCCACCCGCGACCAGCUCGCCGCCGCGCUCGGGUCCGCGGAGAAAGGCGGGUCCGAGGACCUCCACGCGCUCGCCGAGCAGGUGGUUCAGGUCGUGCUCGCCGACGCGUCGGGCGCCGGCGGCCCGCGGGUCGCCUUCGCCAACGGCGUCUUCGUCGACGCGUCGCUCAAGCUCAAGCCUUCCUUCAAGGAUCUCGCCGUGGGCAAGUACAAGGCCGAGACGCAGUCCGUGGACUUCCAAACUAAGGCUGCUGAAGUUGCUGGUCAGGUGAACUCCUGGGUAGAUAAAAUCACAACAGGUCUCAUCAAAGAGAUCCUCCCUGCAGGGUCUGUUGACAAUACCACUAGACUGGUUCUUGGUAAUGCCCUUUAUUUCAAAGGAGCCUGGACUGAGAAGUUUGACGCGUCCAAGACAAAAGAUGAGAAGUUCCACCUCCUUGAUGGGAGCUCAGUUCAAACACCAUUCAUGUCCAGUACAAAGAAGCAAUACAUUUCGUGUUCUGACAGCUUGAAGGUACUGAAGCUUCCUUACCAGCAAGGCGAGGACAGGAGGCAGUUCUCCAUGUACAUUCUUCUUCCAGAAGCACAGGAUGGUCUCUGGAACUUGGCCAACAAGUUGAGCACCGAACCAGAGUUCUUGGAGAACCAUAUCCCAAUGCAGAAGGUUCCUGUCGGGCAGUUCAAGCUUCCGAAGUUCAAGAUAUCGUUUGGAUUUGAAGCGUCUGAUAUGCUCAAAGGUUUGGGUCUCCAGCUGCCGUUCAGCGCAGAGGCUGAUCUUUCGGAGAUGGUGGAUUCAUCGGCGGGCUUAUACGUCUCGUCCGUUUUCCACAAGUCGUUUGUCGAGGUGAACGAAGAAGGCACCGAGGCUGCCGCGGCAACUGCUUCUGUGGUCACACUUAGGUCACUGCCAGUAGAGCCCGUGAAGGUGGAUUUCGUCGCGGAUCACCCUUUCCUCUUCCUUAUCCGAGAAGACCUCACAGGCGUGGUGCUAUUCGUCGGUCAUGUGUUCAAUCCCUUGGUGUCUCCAUGA